GUGAUCUCAUCGUCCUGACCAAGGUGGAACUCUGCUUUUAGCAGCAGCAAAGCUUGCUGGUGAGCAGGACAUCGCACUAUGGAUUUCCUCGUAACGAAUCUUACUUCAGUAUCCUCUCUGCUCUUCCUCUCCACUUUUCUCUUUUGGGAGGUGGCUGCCGGAGCUGAUAGGGUUCCGGCGAUCUAUGUCUUCGGUGAUUCGACCGCCGACGUCGGAAACAAUAAUUACUUGCCGGGGAGCACUGCUAAGGCCAAUUUCCCUCACAAUGGCGUCGAUUUUCCGGGGAAGAGACCUACAGGGAGGUUCAGCAAUGGCUAUAAUGGCAUCGAUUUUUUGGCUAUGCAUAUGGGCUUUAGAAGGAGCCCUCCACCUUUUCUUUCUAUUGCAACAAAGAUCCAUCACCAAAUUGCAAGAGGAAUCAAAGGUGCCAACUUUGCUUCUGGCGGAUCAGGCAUUCUCGACUCCACGGGCAACACCAUGUCAACUGCCAAGCAAAUACAAAAUUUUGCAACUAUUAGAUCGAAUAUGACAGCCCAUUUGUCUGAAAUGCAGGCAGAUCAGCUUCUGUCCAAAUCAAUUUUCAUUAUUAGCACAGGUGGUAAUGAUAUAUUUGACUACUUCUUACAGAAUAAUGCUCCAAAUGUCUCGGAUAAAGGGAAAUUUAUCACCACCCUUGUAUCAACCUACAAGUACCACCUUGAGAAAUUGUACAAUUUGGGAGCAAGGAGGUUUGGGAUUGUUGAUAUUCCACCCAUUGGAUGCUGUCCAUAUCCAAGGAGUCUAAACCCUACUAGUGGCUGUCUAGAUGUGCUCAAUGAACUAUCUUUGCGAUUCAACAAAGCCGCGGCGGCUCUUAUGCAUGACCUUAGCUUGACAUUGAAAGGGAUGAAGUAUUCCGUCGGAAGUUCCAAUGCGGUCGUUUCAAAUAUCAUCCGCAAUCCGUCCGCACUCGGUAUUAAAGAGACUAAAAGUGCAUGCUGUGGUGGAGGAAAAUUUAACGGAGAGUUCGGCUGCACGCCGAAUGCUUCCUUCUGCUUUGAACGAAACAGAUACUUGUUCUGGGAUAGGUUACAUCCAACACAUGCAGCAUCUAAGCUUGCAGGUCUGGCCAUCUAUGGCGGUUCGCCGGAGUUCGCCGCUCCGAUCAAUUUCCGGCAGUUGGUCGAGCAAGACGACUGAAUUAUCGACCUGGUAUGGAAAAAAAAAGUUUGUAUCAAGAUAUUCUGGACAUUUAAAACUGAAAUUCAAAACAUAUUCAGUAAUCAAUAUUUGAGCAUUUAUCUGUUUAUAUUUUUGUUUUUUUUUUAAUUAUUUUAAUGAAUUCCAGCUUGUAGAAUUGAAAUUAUUU